AUGUUGGCUCCGCAAACUGGUCUUAUUGCGUCGCUGCUGCUGGCUGGCAGCGCCUUGUGUGCUGCUGCCUCGGUGCCACAUGCUCAACACGAGGAAUCUCACCACGAGAAAAUCGCUCCAAAGGUGUUCAUCGUGUCAAUGUUUGCACCCGAAGCCGAGAUUUGGUGGAACAUUCCUGAAUUCGACAUCCUUGCGCACAAUAUCACCGUCCCUGGUCUCUCGCCCAUCUACCCUGAUGUUCACUGCACUGAAGAUUUCGAGAUCUGCCAAUUGAUCACCGGCGAAUCUGAGAUCAAUGCCGCUACCACCGUCACCUCCGUCGCAUUCUCCUCUCUGUUCAAUCUCACCCAGACGUACUUCUUUAUCGCGGGCAUUGCAGGUGUCAACCCCGAACGAGCAACUCUUGGCUCCGCUACAUUUGCACGAUACGCGGUUCAGGUUGCUUUGCAAUAUGAGAUCGACAUCCGCGAGCUGCCCAGCACCUACAAGACCGGGUACUUCCCUCUGGGGGCUGACUUCCCUGACCAAUAUCCAACCAGCAUCUACGGCACUGAGGUCUUCGAGGUGAACGAUGAUCUCCGCCACAUCGCUGCCAAGUUUGCCCGCCGGGGUAACUUGACCGACUCGACUGAGGCCAAGGCCUACCGCGCACACUACAACACUACCAACGGACAGUACACGGCCGCCACUCUGCCCCCCUCUAUUGUGGAGUGUGACGUCGCAACUUCGGAUGUUUACUACAGCGGCAACAUCCUUGGCCAUGCAUUCGCCAACACCACCAAGCUGUUCACCAAUGGCACUGGUGAUUACUGUACCAGUGCCCAGGAGGACAACGCUACCCUCGAGGCUCUUAUGCGUGCUGCCGUCCACAAGCUGACUGACUUCUCUCGCAUCAUUGUCAUGCGUACUGCCUCGGACUUUGAUCGUCCCUACCCCGGAUCCUCGGCCACUUACAACCUGCUCUACUCUGACGCCGGUGGUUAUACCCCUGCCAUCGCAAACAUCUACCGCGCCGGAAUUCACGUUGUGGAGGGCAUUCUGGGUAACUGGGAGACUACCUUCGCUGGUGGUGUUGAAGCUUCCAACUACAUUGGUGAUAUCUUCGGUACUCUUGGUGGCCAGCCUGAUUUCGGUCCUGGGCGCGCCGAGGCUCUUGUCAACAGUGGAGCUUACAAGAAGCGCAGUCUUCGUCGCUAG